UGCUCUUGACAACACUUUUUUGACAGAGUCAUUAAUUAAGGUUUGACGGAGUAACGUUUCUCCCAGAGAGGUUGCUCUUUGUGCUACCUUAUAUAACUAUAUCAAAUGUAGCAGUCGCCACCUAAAACUGGAACAUCCAUUAAUUUCAAUUCGUAUAACUUUCACAGAGCCUUUUGUAUGACACCCAUUUUGAAGGUGCCGUUCACCCCAAACCUUUGCUGUAUACGUGAACUGUUGGGGAGAUGGACCAGCAUUUGUUUGAGGAGAUGAAUAAAAUAAUAGCCCUAAACAAUAGGAAAACUGGACUCGUCUCCCCAACAAUUAACUGAAACGCACACUAGCUAGUUUUGCAUUGCCUUUUCGAAGCAAACGUUCAUUAAUUAGAAUUUUCCGUUCUGAAAUCACAAAAUUUGUGAUCUUCCUGAAGUUAAUUGAAAUCAUGCAAAAUUGCAUGAAUCAUAUGAAAUUACUAAACAAAGUAUGAAAUCGUUAGAGACCUUAAUGAAAUAACAUAUGGUUUAACCAAUUCGCGAAUUUGGUCGUUGAAUCGCGUGGAAUUGAACGCGUUGGCAUGAUCCUGGCAUGAUUUUGGAGCAAGGGUGCAAGCACGGACCUGUAUUUUUGUGGGAAGCACUGCAGUAUGGCUACUGAAAUCGAGCAAGAUAAGCCAACUUGGAGUUGAUAAACAACAACGACGUGCGGAGAUCAUGCGCGCGAAAACACUGCAGCGCGAAUCUUAGUCAAAUGUUGUUCAUUCGGUCGUCAGUACUUCAUGGCUUUGACAGUUCAUUGAAAAUUACAAUUAAAAAAGUUGACAUUUUUUUAACCGUUUUCGCUCAUUAACUAUCCCAAUGCAGUUAAGACAAUAUGUUACCAUUUGGAAGAUAGCAUAGUUUCAUCUUCCUCCUAGAAAUAAUAGCAAAGGGCCUCUUUCCCCUAAAUAUGUGGUUCAGUGCUUCAGACGUCCCUUGCGGAUCUGGCCUCGUGUUGGGUCGGUUUAAGGAUGUCUUCGGAUCGGCCAGUUCCUCAACCCCAAUCAUAUUAUAAUAUUCCAUGACGCUAAAGAUGGGCGGCCUCGAGGUUGGAGCUUUUGAAUAUGGGAAAAAGUGGAACAUGAUUUGGAGAUUAUUUCUGUUUACAUAUCGCUUAAAGCGAAAAACAGAUAUUUCCGAUUUUGUUUCCUUUUCAGAUCAGAAUCUUUUGCUUGGAUUAGCACUCUAAAAACAUUGGUGUCAAACUUUAUCAAGGUUACGACUUAGUGGUCCCAAUUUGUGUAAAUCUUUUUAUAACUUAAGAUUCUGUUUGCUCAUAGAUAAAGAUUUUGAGUUCCAUCGUCAUUCUUGCAAAUAACCUGUGUUAAUCUAGCACAUUUUUGUGUUCUUAAUUUCAAGAGCAACUCGUCAAUUAAUUCACUUCGUGGGUUUUAAAACCUGCGGGUAGUGGUUAUGAUUUUGGAAUUGUUUUAUGGUGGAAUACUUUGGUUGAAUUAUCUUCUCGAGUGUAAAUUCAAGUGUCAAGGCCAUUGUUAUCCAUGAAAGCACCUCCACUUUCAACAUCUUUCUAAUCUCGCAUUUACCAAAUAGUGUAUUAUCGCCUCGCACUCGAGGUCUUAUUUCAGAAUAGUUCUGAUACCUCAGAAGAGUUCUAUUACAUCUGCUCAAACCCGUGCAAUCUUUUUUAUAAAAAACUGGUAAUAGCUAGCCCGCACUCCGAUCAGAAUACUCUUCGGAAUUUUGCUAUAAUGAUACAAUUUUUCUUCGAAUGGGAGCCCGAAAGGUUUUUCGGCGAUGGCUGCACCCUUAUGACACACAACACACACAUACGAUGUUUGAACCCAGUAGAUUUUAUUCGACCAUUUAUGAUAAGUGGAAUAAACCAAUGCUUUUAAUGGAAAUAGUUCAACAAUUUGUCAGUCGCCUUGCUGCCGUUGACUCAUUUUACUUUGUUCCACAUAAUUGAUAAACCAUAUAUUCGGGUCCUUACUUUACUAAGAUUCUUCAAGACCUGCGCCCUUAAAUGUUUUGCCCGCCCCUCCUUUUCUGUAUCUAUAGACCACACAUUGUCUAUAUUUGUUACACGUGUUUCCAAUCUCUGCAGCGAAUGACUGUUUUUUACAUCAAGCAUUUGAUGAACAAAUAUUAUGCGUCUCAGCUAUUUGUGUAUAGUGUGUGUUCUUCAUCAAUUCUGGUUUGGGUUAUUUUAUACUUAACUGCUCAGUCCAUUUUCUUUUCUUUUAUUCAACAUAUAUUUAGAGAAGGUGUGUGGCUACUUAGGUUAACGGUCAUUAAUAAGUGACACAGCUUGAUUUAUUUACCCAACCCCUCAUCAUUCUAACAUCAUAUUUGAUCACCCUGCUCCAUUGAAUAUGGGAUUUGCAGUCACCAGUAAAUGCCAGUAUUUUAAUCGAAAAUGGAGGCGUCCAAACUGGAUCCUUUAUUGUGCAUGUGUAAGAUUUCCCUCGCCCAUUUCAAGGAAUACAUGCCCUUGUUCCAGGGGAUCAGUCACAGCGUUUUGCACAAAAUUAGUUUUUCGUUUGAGGGACGGUUCAUGUUUGAAGAUGCUCAGUGUUCUGUUUGUUGUGAGCCCCUCCAAGAAUAGGGCUUUUGAACCUUCAAACAUUAUUUUUCUAAGCCUCUUUUCUAACGUUUUUUCAUCUGGUGUAAACAGGUAUGUAUGUUAAUUGUAUAGAGGGAGAGGGGUAGGGAGUCACGUCGUUAGUCCCCGCACCUAUGAGAGUCUUGCGUUUGAGCUUGUAGGUGGACCAUAUGGUUUGUUUUUCCUCCAACCACGCGCCGGCUAGCCAUUGAGACUGCUCCCUCUAUAAAUUUGGUUAGCCAGUUAACCGUUACGUCAGAAAAUCAAGAAUUUAUGUGGAUAGUACAGCAGGGAGUCAUUGCAACUGCUUCUUCUGCUCUCUUUCUGUAUGGAUUUAGCCCCGCCUUUCGGUUAACCCCAUUCAACCUUCAAUCCCAAUACUUCCGUACUCAAAGAAGUCUGCAACUCUGUCUUGCUUCAAAAUUGUGCUGGCAGAUUGCUGUCUUUUUCGACAAACCAACACCUCUAUUACUCGCUAUCAACUUUGUAUGGCAGCAGACAGUUACAAAUUAUAAGAAAAUGAAUUUUGACCAGUGACUGCUCUCGUGCUCCUGUGCAUUAGCAUGUUAACGUAUUGCGUGUCGCCUGCGUGCGAUCCAAACUGGUGACUAAUUAACUGAUAAUGCAAUGACCUACUUAAACGAUGCAACAAUUGGGUAGAUAAACAGAACUUUAUAUUUCACGUGAUUUGUCAAGCAAGCCCUGGCCUAGCUUUUCUAAUUAAGUUCUACCCAUAUUCCUUUCUCAAUAUCACUUUUCGAUAAGAAUAGCUUAACCAGCUAAUCGACGCGUCAUAUAUCUCCUCCACAACUGACAUAAAUUACUUAUUUCGGGUGAUCGAAGCCACGAGAUUGUUCGCACUCCGCCUUUCUGUGAUUUGAAGGCUCUCUUCAGCCUGUUUGCAUUGAUGGUCCUCUCGGUCAAUGCUAAGACCUCUGAGAAACAGUCACUUAUAAGGCGAUUUUUCAUUCAUAGUCUAUUGUUCUUCUUCAUCUUUGGUGGUAGGUCACUAAUCUUUAUAGACUCUGUGGUGAAGUCUUUUUGGCUCAGAAAAAGGUCUAUAGAGGUUAUUCUCUCUAGAUUUUUCUGUUUACUAAAAACAUGGCUUCUAUCAUGUCAAGCUUUCAGUAUAAAAAAUCUGUAGAAAACAAUAUUGAAUAGACCAAUAGGAUGCGUCUUAGAGAAAAUGAUAAACAUCGAUGUCUGUAGCAUUAACGGGUGCCCAGUAAACUGGAAGUUACUGUUAGGCCCACCGCAAGCCGUGAACCCUCUUUCAUUAGAUGUUCAAAAAUUAUCACUAGAGCACCCCCAACGUGGCUGGCAGUCAAGGCUAAACGUAUAAGAGGACAUGAACGGCGAAGUAGGCACUGUAGUGGGGCACGAAGGGGAUGACCCCAAGAUUUUGCUUUUGCUCUUUAGGAGGAGAAGGUGUUCCUGUUAGGUCAAAUGCCGUUCCUUUCUAAGUUACAAAGUUAGACGCGUAUUGAUUUGCGUUCCAAAAAAAUUUGGUUUAAGCACAAACUUUCGUAGAAAAACUUUUGUAAUAUGGCGGUAGAUUCAGGGUAAUCAAACCUUCCGCCUUUUUAGUAGGCCUAGUUACCGGACCUUACGAAAGGCAGUAGCCUGACGCAGUUGAAAACUUGAUUAAGGUUUGCAAAACCUAGAGACCUACUAGUAUUCUCGAGACGGAGGUACUCGGAGAAAGGAGGGAUGUACAAGUAUCUGGUGUAUCUGUACAAGUAUUUUUUUUAUUUCGUUGCGCCAUUCAUUUCUGAAUUAGGUUCUGUAUGGAAUAUUUUCAAAUAUGUACUAUAACUUCAACUAUUCCUUGACUCUUUCUUGGGCUUGUGGAGAAUGAGGCCUGUUAUGACGCCUCUGCUGUUGUUGCUGUUAAUAUCAGGAAUGCAAGUCAAAGCUAUCCAAAAGCUUUAUUAGUAGUACCUUUUCGAUUAAAGAAUAUCUCAAAAUGAAAUAAAUUCUGAAUGAAACUAGUAAUUGAAAUUUUUUAAACUUUUUAGGGUCCCUUUCAAUUCAGGGCCUGGGGCAAUCUUCCCCUGCCUUCCUUUUCGGCGGACCAAAUUGAAUUAAUUUGCCAAUAUUGUCUCAGAAUCUCUCAAAGGAUCACAUUAAAUCCUCUUGUAAUCCUGACAGUUGACCCGUCAGCUGAAAGAAAAGCUGUUCAAAUAGGCAACAUUCGCCCUCAAUUCGGUACACUUCCAGAAGAUAUCUAUUAAUAAGUCAAUCCAAAAUUGCUUCUUUGGAUCAGCAUAUAAUUUACGUCAGUCAACACUACUUUGAGAUGAAAUCAGGUAGAGCAAAUAGGCAGGAGAGAGCGCUAAAGUGCACUGAAGAAGUUUUACAGCCGAGAGUGACGUUCACGAUUCUUUAUUUGAUCAGUUGAUACUGGAGUGGCGAAGAAUGCUUGCUAUUCUCUCGAGUGCAAAGAUCUUUUUCGAGAUUAUUGUCUCUUUUUAACUGCCUGAUCCCUUUCUUAGAUUAAUUUUCUCGAGAGGCCCUCAUAAAAGAGCUGUUUUUCAGCGAGUGAUGUGAAAGUCUGUGCGACUUAUCAGCUUUUCCAAUCUUUCACUUAAACCUCCGUUUUUGAAAUCACCACACCGAAAGACUUAAAAGCCUUCUAUUCACGUACAGUUAAAGCCCGCCAAGAAAAAUUUCGAAUAUAAGAGUUGGAGGCUGAUGUUUUCAAAGUUAUGUUUAAAAAUAUAAUUUGAAUAUAUGCAAGGAGCAGUUUUACAGAAAUUUCGUUUUCGUUUAAUUCAGCGUUUUGAAUUUAAACGUUACUCUGUAAAGACUGAUUACUUUCUGCCAAAACGAUAACUUUCAUUACUCUUCAAGCUGGUCAUGCUAUUUUCUUGAUCUUAUAAGCAACUCACUUUUUCCAAAAAAUCUCAUCCGCUAUUAUUUACGAAACUGUACAGUCUGAUCCGAAAUAAUGAGUAUCUUGUAAGCGCGUUAACACGGAUCAAUUUAGAAGCAACACAUAUUAUCUUGCUCACAUUUCAGCUUUUUCUGCCCAUUUAAUUGUUUAAUUGAUUACUACCUCGCAGUAUCAGUAUUUAUCAUUUAGUUCAGUUGUAGCUUUUUAUAUUCGCCAGAAUGACUGUAUGUUAAUGCAACUGUAUAGAUUGUUUUGUUGCAAGUUAUCAAUUCAGCCAAUUGAUACAUUGAGAGGUCUAGAACGAGCGGAGAACGAAUGACGCAGAGACAGUAGACAAAUUAUAUGAAGAUUUCGGACUUAACUAUUUAUAGGGAAUAGAAAUCAAAUGCUACAGAUGUUGGGAAAUGAAUUGAGGCAUACACCCAUCGUUUCUUGAACUUCAAACAAUCCUAGAGUUCUAAUAUUUUGCAUUCUUCAGUUAAACACACAUGUUCAAUUUAUGGCCUAAUUUUGAAUGUGCCAGCAUUUUAGUCUAAGAAGCAAAUUUUCAAAUGCCAGUGCUGUCAAAUCUUCUACAUUUUUGAAGCGACUUUAUCUGUCUUUGGGCUUAAAAAAGUUGUACAAUGAAUUUUGGAAGAAUUUCCAAAAGGAUACUAUAAAUUAAAUUAGUGUAUUCCACUUGUUCUUUGUGAUUUCUGUAAUAUUAUGCUUUCCGCGUACGGAGAGUUUUCGUUUGCUCAGUAUCAGUAUUUGUCAAAGUGGUAAAUGACACUGCAAUCAAAUUUCUGUCUAAGUAUAUGGAAAUUUCAAGCACAGCUGAGAGCACUUCGAAGUAAAGUCAUGUUUUGCGCCACGUUCAAGGCGCCUUCUUAUGCCUCUCUUCCUAUUCAACUAGUUCUAGGCGUAGGUCAUAGCAAUAAAGGCAUGCGUGAAUUUGCCAAUUUUUUCCCUUUCUGUGAGGCUUUUAUCCCUCUUAUCACAUUACUACCUUCUACUUAUUUGCAUUUUAAUUUCCAUUGUUCGUUUCCGUUUACAUCUGAAAAUAGUAGUUCAUAAAGUGAAUUCUGUUGGUCGUUGAUUCUCGAUAGUCAGUCGGCGUGCAGCUCUGUGCACUUUACUAUGCCUCAGUUACUAAUAAGUUUCUUUUGUAAAAAUAUAUACAACAUCUUAACUUGAAACGUGACUUACGUUAAGUCAAUUCUAGUAAUAUCCUUGUAGCCAUUUUUUUAGCGAAAAGACUUGCGGCUGUCAUAUUGUUCAUUAUCAACUCUAUCGUAGAUUAUUUAAACCUUUCUUCGGGCAAUUUCUCCUUGAAGUUAGAAGUGGUCAUUGAGAGGUCAUCUAUUUAAAAUUGCUUUCAAUUCGAAACAAUGUUUGCUCCAUGUGACAGGGUACAAUCGUAACAAUAGAAGGCCACGUUCUGCUCGCGACUGGUCUGUUGUUGCAACCCUAUACUCAAUCGGCUUAAUGUCCUGUGAAACACAUAACUGCCCCUUGGUCCCUAUUGUGGUGACACAUCCAAUCCUUUCUUUCAUAAACUCAAAGUGCUUGUUUCAAAGGUCCUUAUCAUACUCUCAAAAUUCAUCUUAAGGAUUAGUUAAUUCAUCGACUCACUUGUAUAUACAUUUGAGUAUUACUUUGUAGAAAGACCUUAUCAAAAGCCAUGUCAGGAUAUUAUUUUUGUUGUGUUAAUCAGUGUGGAUCACUAAUGAAUAAAAUGACAGUGAGGACUGAGUAUCAGACCGACACCUACUGCUGCAAAUCUCUAAGAUAUAACAGGUUUCACAAAAUCUUAUGGUCAAAUAGAGACAAAGAAGCCAACUUUUGACCAGGGAGCUAAUGGAGACAAAACCCUACGGUUGGUUUGUUGCACAGGUGUAGCCUACUUAGGCUUGUUAUAUUUCGAAAGUAUCUCGAGUUUUUUCUAAGGAUCAGUUUAAAACAGCUUGUGUUUAGGUCUUCACCGCUGAAAAAUUGUUAUUGGACUAACUUUCUCGUCUCUUAGACGAUUUUAAUUGCAGCUUCUGAACUGUUUGUGAUCUGCAAUCAAUGUUGAAGAACCUGCUGGUAGCUCUUAUCACUAAGAUACCAACAGACUGUCAGCCAGGCUUAUUGGGAGAAGAAAUAGACUUUUCUGUCGAUUUGCUUUGAAAUUCCAGCCUCGUUUUUUGAAAUUAGUGAAAGAGCAAUAAUUAUUUAUCAUCGGUUAGCACGUUGCUGGAUGAUUUUAUCGAAUCAAAUAAAAAUUUAUCUUGAAGUCCAGCUUUUUCAGGGACAUUGUUAUGAAAUAUCACCGAAAAUAAUUGAAAGACUUUGUUAUAUUUGGAAGGCAAUGUAAAUUAAUAUCUAUUCGUGUGGAUGCAGUUCGAUCCAAAUUGAAACUGUUACAAGACAUUCGUGUGCUGUUAAAUUAAAGGCUGCUCCCUAUUACACAAGGGUAAUGGGUAUUCUGGUCUUCCUUGUUUAGUGUCUUUAUCAAAAUAAUUUUAUGUAACUGUUUGUUGGGGCGACGAAGGAGCGAAAUCUUCGAAUGAGUGAGGCAACCCUCCGUCCUGAAGUCAGUGAGCAUGCGCAAUAAUAACUUCGUUCUGUGUGCAUGCUCGAUGACUCCAAGAGAGAGGGUUGCGUCACUUAUUUUAAAAACUUUCUCUUGCUUGUCUUCUCAAAAAAUACAUCCCUUGGGCUGGUAGAGUGAUUAGAUUGGUCUGGUUUACCUUAAAAGGAGCCUUAGCAAAAAAGGGUUUUCCUCAAGCAAAUUGUUUGUGUUUUUUCUUUGAAAAUAAAAUAACUCUUAGCAGUAUCGUUUAAUUUUUCUUUUAGUUGUCUCGUGAAUAUGGCCUCCACAGCAUGUACAAGCUUCUCCCUAAAAAACCUAAGGUUUUCGCUGUUCAAGGACCAUAAAAACCACAUUCCAUCACCUGUGUCUUGCUUUUUGACUUUGAGUAAAGAAAUUUACUCACAGUACUCCUUGAAACUAUACGCCAUAAUCCCAGAUCAAACUUGCUCUAUAGAGAGUUUUAUUUAGCUAGUCAGUGUUAUGUGCAUAAUGAAUUCCUUCGAAACACACGUGGCCAAGAAAACUUGUUGGGAAACCUGGUUCCCGUUUUUUCUGUUUGCUCGUCGAACAAAGGGAGGCGGGCGAUUGCUAGACAGUUUGCCCAGACACCCGCAUUCAAGUAAAAACGGAAUACAGGAUGAUAGAACCAGGCAACGAGGGAUUGUUCAUGUUUGUAGAUGACAUGCUACCAAUCCUUAAAACAGAUAAAUAAAUAUGACCCACCCUGUCUGCAGUGUGUUGUUGAUUACCUGCAGGGCUGAGUUGUUCAGGUGAUCGUGCAUAGGCCAUUGUUUGCUUUGCUAAAAACCUUCUAAUGUAUGCAUUAGUUUCGCUAAUUACCUUUCAAUCAUCGCCUAUUCAUUAAUGCAAAACUGGUACCAUAAUGUUGACUUUCCUCACAAGGUGAAAUUGACCCUAAACGCUUUCUAUUAGGAAAACACCCUUUUCAUUGCCAGUUGAAUAUAGCUAUCAGCUGGACUUGUAGGAUAGGUUUCGUUGCUAAUUUAUGUAUAUCAUAAUACAGAGCAAACAUUCCAUUCUGUUUAAGUGACCUUGCUUUUCAUUUUUUCAAUAAAUGCAUAUAAUAUUGACUUCCUGGACAUGCUUGAGCCUAUGAAAGAUAACGAGAGAAAUAAAGAUCAUGGUUCCUGGUCACAUUACUUGUGGCACCACAUUGUCUAAGAGAAAAUCCUAUACCGCAACCCGUUGCUAAAGGCGACAACAAAGUGUUAGAAUCUGCCUUUUUCAAGUUGGAGAGUUACUGAGAUAGGCUACUGACAUAAGCUUUAUGAUGUUGAUGAUCUUUUUAAAUACCGUGUUGCAUUUCCACCUAUUCUCUCUAGGCCAUCUUUUUUGCGUCAUGUAUUGGGAGGUAAUAUAGUCCGAUAUUUUACCACAGCGCCUGAAUUUCAUUUUAUAACUGAUAUUGAUUCUAGAUGAUCAAACAAAUACCUUCUUGAAAAUAAUAAGUCAUUUGAAUGAUAAUGCCAUUCUGUUGAAGGAAGCAUAAAUUGUACAUCCCUUUUUGGAAUCUAUAGGGUAUUACAAUAAGAGAAUGAAGGUAGCUGCAAUCUAUAAGUACCAAUUAUCAGACCAUAUAGUUUUCCACGGUUAAAUACAUAUCCUUACUGAAAAUAAUGAAUCUGCUCGAGCUUGAGUACAUCUUUCAAAUAACUCACGAGUAACGAUAUAGAGCAUUUUUCUUGACAAUGUUGUCAGUUUGUAUUUUGAGAAAGGAAGGGAAAUUCUAAGUCUUGUUGCGAAGAAAUGUUUCUUUUUACAGUUGCUUUCAACUUUCAAGACUUUUUUUUAGUCGAGGGAUUUGCUAUUUUCUUUGCAUCCUCCCUGAUUUACUCCUGUUGACUGUACGUCACUUUUCAGAUAAAUAUAAAUGUUGUGGAUUUCUGAAGAAUCAGCUUCCAGAAGCUCUUUGGGUGUUGCUUUUUUGCCAUAGCGGAACAAACAUCACCCAUUUAUAUAUACUAUUGUAAUUUAACUUCAACAAAACUGGACUAGAAUCUUGCCUUAAUGCUUUAAACAAAUGUUUUCUAUAAUGAGCCUGAAUUUUAAGAAAGUUUACACUUCCAAUUGGCAAUCAAUGCAAGCUUUUCAACUCUUUUUCAUUCUAGCUGUCAAUUAGCCAUCGAUUAAACAAUCAAAAUUUUACUUUUGGUCAACUCAAAUAUUUUUCAUCAAUUAAGCUUUGAACAAGUUUAUUUUUUGUCAGGGAGACGAGCAAGAGAAAGUCUUUAAUGAGUGAGGCAACCCCCCGUUCUUGAGACAAAAAGCAUGCGCAUAGAAGUAAGUUAUUAUCACGCAUGCUGUCUGACUCCGGGACGGAGGAUUGCAUCACUCCUUUCGCUUGUCUCCCCAACAAAAUCCGACCCAAACAUGGUCUUUUUCAGCGGCAGCAAAACUCCUUGUCCUGUUUUUGAUCGGCAACUCUGCUCAAUAGACUUUUUGAUUGUUAAAUGAACCUUCCAAUAUUGGCUUUUUGCGGUGCUCACAUAAUUUUUUUACAGUUUGGAUACAUUCAAUGGUGUAGCAAUGUUUGAUUGGGAACUUUCUAUGAGAAACCGAGCCAUUAGGUGUCCAAAAGUUAAGACACCAUAGUACUGAACCUGCUUUUUUGAGACGUAACUGCUUGAGAAUGAGUCUUUUGAUAUUGGAACCUAUAACGUGACUUGGUAAAACAUAACUCUUUUAAGGAGCCUUUAAGAAACUUCCAGCACUAACUUCAACAAAAGAUAAUGAAAUAAGAACUAUCCUCGAGCUUAUUUUCCCAAAAAUGCAUAUAUACAAAUGGUGAGUGCUAGUUGUGAAGCUCGAGAAGUUAGUGUAGCUUUGUUAUUUUGCUUUUUUGUGAAAAACUUUUAUUUCUGUGAAUUUUCCUCGGAUUUCCUAUUACCAUUUCUAAAAGAAUAUUACAAAUUUUGGUAUAGCCUCGAUAUUCUUAAGAAAUUUUCAUGUUGUGCCUGAAUAUAUUCUUAAAGUAUUAUUUUUUCUAAACUGAUCUGGUUUUAAGGGAACAUCGCCCGCCCUUGAAUAGAAACCGCGCUUUUUGAAACGAACGAGGUUUGCCAGUCAUGCUAUUCUCUGUUAUGAGCAUCGCAAAGCAGCCAACUGCUAAAAUUGAGACGCAAAAGUGCGAACUGAGGUUUAUUAUAAAAAGUUGGACGAUUCUGACCCUGAAUAUUCUUAUGAGCAGAAGUCUUAUAAUAGAAAAGAUUGCUUUGAAAAAAGCAAUUAUUUCACAACAUACUAACUUAAAGCUUUUUCUUCUGACACUCCUCAGAGUAUAAAGCGUCAGAAUAAGGUUCCGAAAGAAAAAGAUGGAGAAUAUAUACCCAGCUGCGGAUCGAAAAAGGCCAAUCAGAAAAACGCGAGCAUAUGACCGGUACAGUUGUCCAAUCAGUACCGCGUGCCUAAAGAAAAAUUACCACUGGAGUCCGAGAAAGAAAACGAAUUCCUUCUUUCUACACAAUGGCGGCUUUUUCUUUUGUAUGUAGAUCGAUUCCAAAACUGCUAGAUGAAACCUGGGUCUGCCAAUUGUCUGAAGCAUGUCGUAAUUGUAGACUUGAGCAAAGUCUUGGUUAUCUAGAAGAUGUUGUCCGAUGGCAGAAUCCCUUGUUUUAACGGUGUUUCUAGACCCCAAAGAACGGGGAGGCUGUUCUCUUUGAGGGGCAGUUUUGAUUCUUAUGUGGGAAGGAAAAGAGUGUACUGCGAACUUCACCUCAGUCGAAUUAUGUUAAUUGCUUUCACUGGUUGCCAAAUGCUUCUUGGCCCUACCAAUUUUUCGCAAAACGCUGCAACAGGUUUUUAUAGGAACACUAACGGAAAAGGACAUAUGACUUUAAUUAAACUGCAUGACAGAACAAUGGUCUUUCGAAACAAUACUGAAAUUUCUCGUGCGUAUAGAGAACGUGAGCUGAUAAGUAUGUACUCUUAUGAAGUAUAUUGUGGCAAGGUCGAGCAUAUGGGCUUGGUUCGUGGGGAAGAAAGUAGACACACUGAAAACAAUCACUCUGAAUGAAAGUGCAGAAACACUCUUAUAAGAUGAGAGAUGAUAAGACGGCUAGGAGAUAGUCAUAAAAGGGUUAUUUUGCUAGACAAAUGCGCAUUCUCGUGACACAAAAAUGAUACUUGUACGACAUUCUAUUCAAAUUAGAGCGACAAGUUUGUGACAAAGAUGAUUAAUGGAGGCACACCGUAUCAUCUUGUCAUUGACGUUUGAAUAAUUCCCUAAGAUAGCAUAAAGAAGUAUGUGUGAGACAUAAUCAUGCUAAUUUUUGCUUAUUCGGUCGAAGAUGCUAUAUUUUUUACCGAUAAAUGGUGAUAAUACCUUUGUAAAGGCUCUUGCGCAACCCGCAUGCUUAGCGGCAGUUGUCUUGCGCAACCGCAUGUUUUGUAUCUUCAUGCAGUACGAUAUUAGGCCAGUGUUUUGAAUCAUAUUUGCAAAACGUGCCGUUUGGCAAGAGCCUUUAAUUACUUUUACUGUGCAGUGCAGCGCAUUAAAAAUUGUAUAAUAUUUUUUUCUGGAAAAGCAUCACAGCUAUAAGAAUGUGAAGAGGCUGACCAGAAAGAGUAAGCGAAACUUCCCAUUAUCACGAUUUACAGGCAUUUCUUAUGAGAAAAUGCUGAUCACCUUUAGAAUGCUGAGAGUUCAUUAGAUUGUGAACUAGUUGUUGGUCAAUUCGAAGUUGGAACUUUUGAUGUUUGGAGCUGGAUCCUGUUUAAUUUUUCAGCAAUGACUUAGGAAAAUAAUGUAGUUAUUUACUUGAUUCACUACCUAACAAGAGCUGUUUGCGGAUUCAGUGGCGAAGUGCCUUUUGAAAAUGCUGGUACUCAUCAUAUUUUGGCGGCAUGCGGGCAUCUGCUGCCCUUCUUGUAGGUGUUUGCAGCACUUACGUGUCAGCGACCUGUUCAAUAGGUCGAGCCUGAUUUUCGCAUAAGAGCACUGCAAAUAUAUGCUGACAUUUUAAGAACUUGUUCAUUUAGGUAUCAAAUUUUUCUUUUGCUUUUAACCAUGUUUGAUCAGCCUUUUCAAACCACUUGUUGCGAUGUGCUCAGAUUCCCAUUAGCUAGCCUCGCUUUUGUUGCUUCAAAAAUCUUUAUAUACCUUGCCAGCCUCUAGUUAUUGCUCUGUUUGCCUAGACAGUCUUGAUACUAAUGUAGUCUAAGAUCAGUGACGUCAGAGGUCGUGGUUUUGGUCUUUAACGUAAUGCAAAAACCUGAAUUAUAGUUAGUUUCAAUAAUGAGACUGUUUCUUCUUCGUCUCAUUUUGUUUCUUUGUAUCGAAUUUACUUUAAGAUAGUUUUUAUGAUUGUAGAAUCUCGAAACUGUAUUAUAUUAUCGUAGUGAGACCUUCAAAUGCUUUUGUUCUUGGCAUUGUCUACCGUUGAGAAAAAUGUCAGUAAAAUAUAUAUCCAAAAACAUAACUUUGUAGAUACGAUUGAUAAGCACAGUUCUUUUCAUUGUGAAUUGAGCGAAUCUAGUUCUCAAGGGAAACAAAGAUAAUUGUUUUGAAUUAACCUUGUGACGCAGAUAUGCUUCAUUUUGCACUGAUAGACACAAUACAAGCUACAAUGCGCAAUGUAUUUUUCUUCAUCAAUUUUUUCCAAGUUGCAAACGGUAUAUGCUUGUAGAUAUUUGUAGCCCAUUUCUGCAACGUUCCUACCAAGACGUUUGUUUGGAUUUAUGGGGGUUCGCUCAGACACUUUGAGACCUGUAUUUAUAUAUAUAUAUAUAUUUGUAUUCAUGUUAAGGCUUCAAAGUAGCUUGUCAAAUGCCCAAGUUGGUUCAAAUGCCUGAUGCUGCAGCACAAAAAAUUUUGAACAAUUCUUGGCGGUUCAAAACUUGAAAAUGGCUUUGAAAAAAGGAAACAUUUCACAGAUACUACUAAAAGCUUUUUCGUCUGAAGCUCCUCGGCGUAUAAGAAUCAGUGGCGGACGGCAAGGAAGGCGGUCGCCCCCCCAAAUAUUUUGGAAUAGAAUGGUCUUGUGUUCUUAAACAAUUGGAACAUGUGAUGUCAUCUUAUCAAAACAAUAAGCUGGCCCCCCCCCCUAAUAUUUGAGCAAGUGUCCGCCCCAGAUAAAACGUCAGAACAAGGGUCCGAAAGAACACGAUGGAAAAUAUAUAUCUAGUUGCGGAUCGAAAUAGGGCAGUCAGAAAAACGCAAGCUCAUGAUCGGCGUAGUUGUCCAGUCAGUGCUGUGUGUCUAUAGGUAAACUACCACUGAAGUCAAAGAGAAAAAACGAACUCCUUCUGUCUACAUAAUGACGGCUUUUUCGUUCGUAUGUAGAUCGAUUCCAAAUCUGCUAGAUGAAACUGCUAUUUUUCCUCGUGUUUUUUCGGACCUUUAUCCUGACAUUUUUACUCUGAGGUGUGUCAAACGAAAAAGCUUUAAGUAGUAUGUUCUGAAUAGUUUGCUUUUUUCAAAGCCAUUUACAAUAGAUUCUCGCCUAUAAUUAUCUGGGCCUACUUCAGGAAUGGGCCUAAUGCUGCAACACUAAUAGCACCUUGAUCCGGCCUUUCAAAUAGACACAUCCAUCUUUAAAGCCAAAAUGUUCAAUGAUAUGAAAUAGCUGAAAUAGAUUUCUUUGUAUAAAAGUUUUUACAACUUAGAGUACCUAUUUAUGUGUCGUAAAUAUUCCCUGUUAUAAAAAUGGCGUAAAUCGCAAAAUAUGGCCAACAAUUCUUGCUUUACAAGACCCAUGGAGCCAGCUCCUUAUGUAUGCUGUCAUAUUCGCAAGUUUAAAAUGUAUAUGGUUACAAUAUUGAGGCUCAUAACUGCUGAAUUCAAAUCAGAAGAGAUGUUCAGAUUCGUUCUUUGUCAGCAGAGUUAUCUGAGAUGCAACUUCAACAAUAUUUAUACUUAGAAAAAUACUACAUGAGAUUAUAAUCUUGUGUUUUUAAAAAUUUUACGAUACUGCAAUUGCUUCUUUUCUUCUUCAUUCCCAAAAAAACAUUUACUCAUUUUUUCGUUUAAGAAUAACUUAACAUUACAUUAAAAUUUCAAAUGGAUUUUUUUAGAAUACCUAGGCAUAAAAAUUCGUGGAUCCCAUCUACCAAUAUCAAAUCUUCAUUUUUUUGCUAAAAAGGGAUUAUAAAAUUUGAAAUUAAUCUAUGCCAAAAGUCUAAUUUUGUUUGCACUGCCAGGCAGCGAAUUACUCUUCUUUUGAAAUUUUUUCUCUUCUUAUACAUUUCAAUGAAAUUUUCCACUGUUGUUUCCACUCUACGUUACCGGUCGAAUCUUUAAGAAUAUCUCAAUAUUCAAAACGUAGUAUCUCGCGACCGAACAGUCAAAAUGCCAUGAAGUUUACGGUACAAACUAAUUUCAACCCGACGAUUUUAAAUCUGACGUCAAUUCUUGAAAAAGUUCUGCAGGUAGCGAGAUACAAAUUCGAUGACGUCAGAUGGGAUCAACGUAAAUAAGGAACUCUUAUAAACAUAGUUUGGUAUGGUAUAUUUCCUUUUUGUUGUAAUUUGUUGGCUUUUCUUGUUUCCCUUGCAGACAUCCUUGUGUCCCUCCAUGCAUAAAUUAUAUUUAUUGGGUCAUUUUGUCAUUAUUUCCAUUAAUAACCAACGUCUGUACCAUUAAGUAUUUAUUAUGAUUCCUGUUCGGUGCACCUAGAUUGUGUUUGUGUAACUUAAUUUACAGAAGAAGAUUAACUUAUUACAGAAAUGCGUUAUUUGUGCUUGAGGAACAGUUCUUUCCUUGACAAAUUCGUCUUCUGUAAGUGUUUUGCACAGCAUGGCAUCAAGGUUUUCGAGAAUUUUUUUAAUUUCUUAAAUCCAUUGCCCAUUAUUUUCAUGUAGUACUUUGAUGACUAUAAACAGUUUUGUGGCACCCCAUGGACGCCAAUCAAAUAUGUAUAUUACCGCGUUCAUGUUGAAGCAAAUUGAUCUGUUAUAAAUGUUGAAAUCCUGAUUCGCAAACGUCACAGUAGCUGUAAUCCUAUUGAAGUCUUUCACUUGCUGGCCACUUUGAGGACGUUGCGUGUCAGGAGCGCUGCGUAGCAGCCAAACGUCAUAUCGAUUUGUACAGUGUCAAUCAAGUCAAGAAGUGGGUGUGAAAAUGCAGCUCUUUGUGUUGUUGAGGUGAUUGACAUUUCAAUCAACGCAUAAUUUCGCUUCAUAAAUGACAUGUCAGAUUGGUAUUUCCACUAGAGCUUCAUCUCGCAUUUGUGUAAGCUUCGCAGUGUGUUCGCACACAAUCAGACUCGACUUGAUCCGUACUAAGAUUACCUAAGAUUCACACUGCGUUUAAAAUUGUAGACUUUUAAAGUUAAACGGCUUAUUAAGGUAUUCGUUAAAUCGGUGUUACCUGGUUCAAUUAGAGUUUAACGAAACUCUUAUCGCUGCCUGCACACUGGUUGGCUACUCCAUUUACAGUUACGAGACUGCUGUAAUAAGCCGCAUUCUGUUCACAAGUUUCUCUGCAGAGGAGGACAAGGCAGCCAUCCAGCAUCUUUUUUGUGGACUUCAUUUUUAGCUUCUGUCGUUCUUUUUUCACCUGUUAGUUACCGCCAUGGAGCGCGUCGGAAAGCCAAAAAAGCUACGUUCUUUCUUUGUCGAGGAUAUACUGGAAUUAAAUAGAAAUGAUAAAUUUUGCGAGGAAGCGUCAGCUGAUGAAAGCGCACAUCAACGCAAGGAAUCCAAGCCCAAACAAGAUUUUUUUCCAAGCAGUUUUCGAGAAGAUGUGUCAAUUACGUCGAGACUGCCAAAAUGCAGCAUUACUGAGACCAAGGAACAAUGUACUGAGAGCCUAGAGAGGAAGGGGAUUUCUCCCAGUGAAGAACACAUAUCAGAAGACGAAGAUGACGCAAUCACGUACUCGGAUGAAUCUGAUAAAGAAGGUUCGAAGAUAAAAACAAAGGGUGGAAAAGAAACAUCAGUAACAUCAACAACUGGAGGAAAGAAACGAAGAAGAAGAAUUCUAUUUACGAAGGCGCAAACGUACGAGUUGGAACGACGUUUCAUGCAUCAGCGUUACUUGUCUGCCCCUGAGAGGGAGCAGCUAGGCCGCAUGAUCAACCUUACAGCAACACAAGUAAAGAUAUGGUUCCAGAACCACAGAUAUAAGUACAAACGGCAAAAGGAAGAACUAGAAUGCGAGCAGGUUUCGCAAAAAUAUAAUAUCGACUCACUGCGUCAACAUCCCCUGCCUCCUAUAAUGCUCCACAGGGAAGACAUUUACAGAGAAACUAUUGACUAUCGCUCGCUGAAGACUUCAGAACUACAUCACAGCAAUGGGUGCACUGUCGAUUGUCACCAUCCAAUUGAACGAUGCGCCUCAAUAGAUUAUUGUCGACCUGCGUUUUAUUCGGACGUUUGCAAAUGCUGCUAUGGGCACGACAGAGUCAUUAAAACCCAGCAUUACAGCUACCCUAGCCAUCCGAAAAUUUUACUCUGAUACUGACAAACGGGAACUGCAAAGCUGUGCACGUUGCAUAUGAAUUCACAGCAAAGUUUCCUUAUAUGUAAAUGAUAAUUAUAUGUAAUAUCUGAGGAAUUGUAAAUUGGAUUCGAUGAAUUAUCUUAUUUAGUGAAAAACCAACACGUACAUGAGCAAGAGGUUACAGAUUUGAAACGGGGCCUUCUGUAGAUUUUGCUACACCGCAAGCCCUUCCGUCUUCCCUCGGGCCUUUUGCUCUUAGUAUCGCUGUUGAUAAAUACCUAGAUAAGGAGAAAAUUACAAUUUUAAUGUCUUUAUUGGCAAACAUAUUUGCUUGGUAUACCCAAGUAUGCAAUUUUAGAUUAUGCUAGUUUAAGAUGUUUGGGAAACCGGCAAACAGGGCCCUGGACACCUGUACUUUACCAACGAUCUUAAUAUAAUUUAUCGCAUUGUAAAAAAUAUGGCGGAGCGCUGGAAUCGUGUUUAGGCUAUUAUUCCAGCUAUUGUUCUCGUUAACCAAUCCACAACGAGCAGAUUGCCUUUAAAAUGCAAAAGCCUGUGGUUUCAUUACCAGGGACUUCAGCUAGCGGUUAGAUUUUGUCCACUGCCACCCAUUUUGCGAAACUACACUGCACUCAGUUGUUGUUUUUAAUUUUAUCAACCCUUUUAUCAAAACUCUUGGAAUUUGCCAUCUAUUUCCUGUUUAAAUAUUUGUCAGACUUUUUAUGAUUCUAAAACAAAACUUUAUGGGUAUUGCAAAGCAAGGAAACUUUGGUGUAGUUGUUAUUUUUCAAUAUCAUUUUCACUUGAAAAUUGUGCAACAUUUGCAUUAUAUUCACCAGUUUUUCACUUAACAUCACAGAGCUGCAAACACCAAAUUUGCGUGAAUUCCUGUAAAUCAUUUGCUUUAAAUAGCGAACUGUAGAUAGCACUUAAUUAAGAUGCAAAUAGUCAUAUCAAUUUAAAUGAAUGAAUGAAUGAAUAGUUAGUCUGUUUUCUUCUCACCUCCAUUUCUUCAAAAGUCCAACUCCAAUAUUUAACCGCUAUUGAUUUAUCAGCGGCGCUAGCUAAGUUUGGAAUAAAGUUAACACACAAAAUGAAUGAAUUCCAUGUUCUCUAUCUAUUAAUGUAAUGAUUUUUAACCUUGUUAGGGACCUCAUUUUGGUUUGUGACUGGAAUAACGGUUGGAAAGUUUGAUUUGUUCACGAUACGAUAUUUUAGACUUCUUCAUGUAGUUGGGAAUCUGGUAGAUAUUAAUUGGAUCCAUUUUAAUACAAUGUUACGCCUGGUGCAGAUAUCAAGGCUGUAUAUUCAUUAUGGAUAGUUUCUACCUAUUCUGACACUUAAAAGGAUGUAAAUAUAUCUAUGUAUAUGCAGGGGAGGCUAAAUAAAGAUGGGAGGCUCAGAUGAGGCUGAUAUCGAGGCCUUAUCGAGAUCAAGGGCCAAGGCUGCCUCAAAUCACAGCUCUGAUUUCUCUGACAUUUAUGUUACAUACAUUACGUUACGUUAGAUAUAUUAGACUUAAAGGCAUUUGACAUGCAUAAGUAUAGCGAAUCCAAAAAUAACUUAGGCCAAAUUGAUCAGAGCAUGCGCACAAGAAAGGUAUUGAAAACCGCUCACGUGAAACCACUGCGGAAACUGUUCACGCGUUUUUCUCUGUGCGCAAUUUGAUUAGUCAACCGCUCGUGGUCGAGUGGCUGUAAGCCACUUUUACUUGUGUCAAAUGCCCCAAAACCAAAUGCAAACAUUUUCAAGCUAGAACUAGUUUUUAAGCUAACUCUUAGGCUGGGCUGCAACUGAAAUGUAUGUAGAUUUUGAUUAUAUAUUGACAUUUGUAUUCAGACAAUUAGGCCGGGAUGAUCCAUAAAUGUAUAAUAUAUGCAAAAGCAGCUCCACAAUAGUGUUACUAGGUAUUCAAUGAAACAGUAAAUUAAGCAUAUGAAAUAGCUUGAAUCACUGGAUACAGCUAGUUUAAAGUCUUUUUAAGCCUUUUUUGGUUAAAUAUAUUUAGGAGUUGAAAUUUCAACGAGUUUUUAGAGUCAAGAAAGUAUUCAAACUGUUCUCCGCGAAAUAGGGACCGCGCACCAGUCUAAAUGAAGGAGGGCUGAAAAGGGCGUGACGGAAAUUUUUUUGAGGCCACGCCCACUAGAGCGCCGAAAAACGCCCCUUUUUGAAAAUACUGGCUUAUUUCUACCAGGGUUUUAUAAACAAUCUGGGUCAGAGAAGAUAUAAAUAGCUAUAAAAAUAGAUAAAAUUAGUUUGGGGAUAAUAAAACAUCAAGAAAAACACCUAGAAAAAUGAACAAAAAGGGUUCCCAGUUAAGACAAACUGCUACUACUUAGGAUUAUACGAUUCAAUGUUGCGUUAGAGCAUAGUUAGAGUAAACUUGUUUUCUAAAAAAAAAGUUUUCUAACCUAUUAUUGAAAAAAGGUGGAGGGGCUAUAGCCCCUGCCAGCCCAAUGGCUGCGCGGUGCCUGCCGUGAAAUAGACUUUACUUCUUAAACAUUCCCUUAGAAAAACCCUAAAGUAAAACGGGGUUUAGAUAUGACAGUUUCGUUUCUUCUUAUUUCAUUUUGGUCUACUUCACGGUUAAUGACAAUGUGGCAGCCACGUUGUUCUGUGUUCUGGAAAUCUUAAUUGCUAAUUUAUGAAAAUAAAGUAUGUCAAGUUUAAGCAGUUUAUAGAUGUGUUAAGAUGAGGCCAAAAACUCAAUUAUUGCACUGAAGUACAGCAUAACAUUAGAUUAAGACACGUAAUAACGAGAUCAGACAUCACAUCGAGGUUACUCUUGGUUAGUCCAAUUAUUCGAAAGAUCCUUUGAUAGAAGUCACAGACUCUUCAUUCGGAAAAACUGUUCUCAGAAUCCACAGCAGCCGUUAGUUGGCAGCCAUUCUUAAGUAGCUUAUCGAAGCAAAACGUUCACUAGUUCCUAUCGCAUUUAUGGGAUUGUCCCAUCAUCACGCAGUACUUAUAACAAACCGCUUUUAAGAAAAGAAAGAACUCUUUUAAAAGUGACUGGAGAUUAGCUUGAAUUUAAAAACGGUUUUCAUUAUAUGCCAUGUUCUAUAUUAUAUUUCGAAAGUAUUCAUGUUUUGCCUGAUGCAAACUCGCUUUGCACUAUAGGUUAAGCCGAGACAAGAAAUGUUUUCAAUUAACUCUUACUACAUACAGCAUUUUUCCCAGACGUAGGAAUUCUUUCUACACGUUUCAAAGCAAAUUUUGUUAUAUAAGAAUGUAAAGAUUGCUAGUUAUUGCCUGGCAAGUAAGGUUAUGUGAACCAAAAUUGUGAACGUUUUAAGGAGUUGGAGCCUGCUCUUGAGAUUUUAUGAGCCGGCUGCGUGUGCUUUACUUUCAUAGAAGAAUGUUGACUGGUCGAGUAAGCUGUGAAUUUGUGACCCUUAUAAUUAGCACCGUUGCAUCUAUUUGUGCAGCUAAUUGAUCUCACAAAAUCAUGAUUUGGAAAGGAUCAACAAAACCAGAUAGAAUUACGCGUCCUUUCGAGUCAUGAACAGGUUGCUGAUCAAACUUUCUACCCAAAAACACAUCUUAUUCACUCCAACGUUUCUUUAUGUUUUAGUCAAUCGUUAACAAGCCAUCAAAAGAUGUGUCUCUUAAUUAGAAAAGCAAAGUUUAAGUUACGUUGUAAAUGGGUGUCAAUGGAAAAAUCGUUUGACAAAUUGAUCGAUAUUAACUCAUCGUUCAGCUGUUUAGUUAAGGGAGUGGCUAACUCCACCUUGUUGUACACAAGUAGGCAGGUAUUUGCUCUUGAUUAUCUCGAGUAAAGCGCAUGUGUGAAACACAUACUUUAAUUAUUUUGCCCUCUUAUGGAAACAUCAUGCCACGUUUUACUCUUUUGUGCUAGAAGGACAUUUCAUUGCUUGCAGGAACAGAACCCGUUAUUGACACAGAUAACAACCCCCCCCCCCCCCCCACCUCAUAAUUGAUAUAAUAAUUUAUGCUUAAUUAUUUAAAAAUUACCACGCCCUGCAUGUCCUUCUGUUUAGCAUGACUUACGUUGCUUGUUGCUGCAUGUAGAAUAUAGAGUCAAAAGGGUAUCAAUAUUUCCUCCGUACAAUAACUAAUACUCUGCAUACCUUCCUUGGAAAAACAAAGAAACAAAACUGGUGGUUGGGUGUGGCCCUGAGGUUUCUUUUGUUUUUAUUGGCCUUCCUCACGGUCGUUGACCUUGUGAUUGCCAUGUUUUCUUGGCUCUGGUAAGGGGCCAUGCUUAUGGCAACGAUGGUUGAUAGAAUGUCAUGGUUUUUACUGUUACUGCUCCUUUUUAAGUGCAUAUUUUGUAAAUAGAGUUAGCUGAAUCAAUCGUAUAAAAUGAGGAUUGCAAUUCAUUUGUAUGAGAGCAGAUAAAAUGGAUUCAACCUGAUUUUAUACGUUUAUAUAUUUAAUAUCAAUAAGACUUAAUUUUUGAAGCGUCACAGCUUCUUACCCCACUAGCCACUGCUCAGGCUGCACCUAAAUUUAGCUCUUAGCGUUUCGUGCUUUAUGCUCUGGCACCAUUUGAGUGCCUCUUGGUAAGCAAAAAUAUACAAAGGAUUAAGCAACUGCGGCUGAGUAUGUUGAAGUGAGAUUAAGUAUAUUGAGUUAUAGCUAGUUAUUUCUGGAUAAAAUUCACAGUCACGAUAAAAACCGUUUAAUGUCAUACCAUUCAGCUGAUUUAAAUUUUGCAAAAUUGAUUUGUUUUUUGUAUUGAUUGAAUAUACAGUAUUUCUUAUUCCUUCUGUUCUUGCAACCCUGGCUUAGACUAAGAGUCUGAUUAUAAAUAUUGCAAACUAGUAAGUCCAUAUUAUAAUGAUAAUAGAAACUUUUUUGUUAGUGUCUCUUGGUCAAAAUGUUCGCCCCUUGCAAAUCGUUGCCAUGCUAAAGUUCCAUAGUUGCUUGGUGUUGUUGUUGUUGUUGAUUAUCGUUGUUGUUGCUGCUGUUUGUUAUGGCUGUUGCUGUUGCAAUUUCUAUUGUUCUUCUUUCUUUUCUUCUAUCUUUUGAUGUUUUCUCUAUCAUGUUCAGUCCACGUUCAUCGGUAUUAUGAAAACUGAUUCAAAUGUUUAUUAUCAUGAUCGUGUUUUGAAUGAAAAUGUAAGAGAACGACGAUACGACACGAAUUGAAACUUCUCUUGCCAGAAUGUUGUUAUUUCACAUAUCAGAUUUAUAAUUAUGUACCAUUACAUCCCCAUAAAUAAUUCAGCCUUCAUUGAGACUAGACUUAAUCGUGCUCUUUUCAAUUACAUAAGUCAUGAAAGCAAUCAGAAACCUAUAAAAAGAAGAACCUACUUAGCUUAAUGAUGUGGUGAUCGGACACACAGGUUGAAUCCUAUCUAAAAUAAAGACAAUGAUUUCCUGUGAGAUGGUUCUAAAUUGUGUGUCUCUUCAAGCACCUUUUUGUGCAUUUUUAAGUUGUUCAUUUUUGUUGAGCUUCGCAUGUGUCAUAGUCGUUGUCGCACUUUCUACGUGAGUUUAUUCGAAUUUGUCGACCUCAGGCCAUUUCGAACGACGCCAUAUCAAACCUUUUCUUUUGGCACUUGACAUUGACACCCACAGAAUACAAUGGCUUCAACCAAAUCUCAAAUCCUAAGAACGCCUCCUUGAUGUUCAAUCAUCUGGAGGAUGAUUCCUUCACUUAUCUUGGUCACUCACUCUGAUCAUGGAGACAUUACAUCAUUCAUCUGUUUACUGUUUUCAAUGAUGUGUAAUCAUUUCGAGUAAUGUGGGAAAUUUUCCACAGCGACAGCAAUAUAUUUACCAACGUGCCUGAAUGUCUAGCAUAAUCUCUUGUUAGAAGACCCAGGCAACAUUUCCAAUGUUAUGAAAUCUUCAGUAAAUUUUAAGGGGUUUGCCGCAACGUAGUCUUUUAUGCUUUAAGCCCAUUCUAGUGUUAUGUAAACCUUUGUCGUGCCAGCUAAAACCUCGGAAUCGUAGAUUAAGAGUUACAUAUUGCUAAUCUAAUCUCCAAUUGCUAUUUUGCCUCGUUUAAAAGAGAGGUCAACUAAAGCCAGUCAUCUCAACAUUUUACAUAUGCGAAUUCGAUAGUUUAAAAUAUCUGGCUCAAAAUUCUAUGACUAUGAGUAAAAUGGGCUCAAAAUAUAUAUAUUGAUCUGCAUGUAAUAUAUCGUUGAAGAAGACUUAAAUUAAAUAAAGAGCACCAACAUACGAAUGUAAAAAGAAAUGUCCCUCAUCCUGAGAAAAUUUUUAUUGGAAACGUUGCAAACAUUGUUAACACUCUGUACAAACAUUUUUUACGUUCUUUAUUUUUCUGCUAUUUCUUCUAAGUUGAUAUUCUCUCCUACCAAGCUUUAUGGAGGAAUGUUUUUUUGCCUGGAAGCCCCUCAGUCGUUUUCAAGAGAUAAAGUCAACUUCCAUUAGCUUCCGUCUCAUUUGAAAAAAAACAGUUUUGUCAACAGCUACUCUGCGACAUGCGCACCUUCGAUAUGCCAAAGCAAAUUUUUUUCAAUGAAGUUUGAAAACUUCCCUUUAACAACAAUUUGAUACCACAUCCUAAUUUAUCAUACUUAAUGUAUUGAUUAUGUACUAAAAACAAAAUUCUAGCUUGGGUGCUGUACAAUGUAAUAGAAUAAAUCUAGGAAUUUAAGUAAAGUUGUACUAAACAUCACAAUGACUUCGUGUACUGCCCCCGGCCUUUUGUUAUAACAGAAAUGCCCCACCCAUACUCUAGUCACCUUCCCCUUUAUAACCUUUUUCAAAUGUUCGAUGGGAAUUUAUUGAAAUCUGAUUUCGCUCCUAUUAACGCAUUUUUAUGUGUUUGGAUAGCUAAGGAAUGUCUUGAAAUUUUACCAAAAGGUAGGAUGAGUAGCAAGCUUGAAAUUCUUUCACAAAUAAAUUGGCUAAGUGGAAUUGAAAGGCAUAGGUUGAAAUUUCAGGAUUCACUGCAAAUAACUGUAUUACGCUUUUAUUGAAAUGACCACCUUGCAUUUUUAUUUAUUCUUAAUUUCCUAACUUUGACUUAGGUUAUGUCGAAAGCAAUAUUUCAGAUGUUUUAAAUUGCUGCCUCAAAGAUUGAGAUUUUUAAGCACGUAUCCCGAGUACUAUUAGUAAUAACUUUCUAAAUAACUACUCGACUUAUUCUCUUCUAAGUCCCUCCUCCUGCAUUGUUUGGGUAUUUAACCUAAUCCAUGGUGUAACAUGAAGUCAGACCCGUUUUUAUCUCAUAUCUUCCAGAUCCUUCUAGCACCUCUUUAAGCGUUUAUACAUUCUUAAUGUCCUCAUAUGCUUGGUUAAUAAAUAUUUUUCUUGACAGUUGCUCUGCCCUUUUCAUCAUAAGUUUGGUAGCCUUAAGCUUCUCUACAAAUCACUCUUUUGGUGAGAAUCUUAGUUUUUAGAUGGAUUGUUGGAAAUAGUUUGAUCGUCCUCCAUUAGCAAGGAGUUGCUUGUAUUCAUCUUCUGUUGAACUAAUCUUAAGGGCGCCAGAGGCUUUCUAGAUACUCUCAACGUUAGAUUUAAGGGAUCCCAAUUUCUUAAGUGGCUAUCAAGGCCCUGUGCUUUGAAAAGUAAGCCAAAGUUAAUUUCAUGAAUACGAAUUUAAAUGAUCUCAUACUUCUGAAGCUUGUUCUAGCGCCAUUGCUUGCUGUGAGAAAUGGUAAAUAGAUUUGUUUGAGACUGGUUCAGACUGUCUUCAUCAUCGUGAAAGAUAAAAUCAGGGAUGUUGUUUUAUCAAACCAAAACAUGAAAUGCUGGGGUCAAAAUUUGUUUAGCAUUUAAACUCCACGCUGUAUUUGCUUUUCCAUUGACUUGAAGCGCUAUGCAUUGAUCACUCUGAUAAAAAUACGAGCUUCAAAGUUGGUUGAAAGUUUUCCUGGUUCUGAUAUAAAAUGAGGUGUAAUUAAAUGCAUAAAGUGUUCUGAAUUUUAGACAUUAUAGUGAGUGGAACGUUAUUAUGCAGUAUUUUAUAGUAGACGCUACUAAGAUAUAUUCAUUAACUAUAAAAUUGACACAACAUCCUUUUCAUGUUUAUUUUGUAUCUUGCCUAUCAAGGCUAUUUUUCCAUUUGUUUUUAUUUUUUAUGAUAUAAGAGAGUUGAGGAAUAGUAUCAAAAAUAUCUUUAAUCGAUUAAUAAAAUGGGGUGUGAGUGUAGGAUCUGGAAUGUGUACUUUCUAAAUGAUUCACCAGAAUAUACGAGUAUUGUAGUAUUUGAUUGGUUACUAUUUACAUCCUAGUAUUAGUAGUGACUGAGUCAUCAAGUGAAUUUCGGACAGAAUCUGAGCUGCAUGUAUAACUUUAUCUCCCACUCAAAAUGCAGACAGAAUACCAUUCAUUUGUUAACAGAAGAGCACACUGAUAGCAACCUAUCAAGUGUUUCUAUCAUCUCUCGUAAGAAGGGCAUCACUUGAGGCUGAAUAUAUAGAUGUUACUUGUCAUCGUAAUGAUCCAGUUUCAGAUCAACUGGACAAUGAUGACAUUUUCUUUCUAGUAAGCUGGCACCAAAGUACAGACUUUUCACCUUCUUCGUGGGAACUUGUGAUGUGAAGGAAAUAUCGCUUUGUCUAGAAAAUAGCAAUUAAUGAUCUUCGCCAUCUGAAUAUCCAGAUGUUCACUUGUCAAGGCGUCAUGUAAUUAUUAAGUACGAACAAGAGAUAUGGCAGUAACUAUCAAGCUUGCUUUAUGGUCUGUACACAGAGUACGUAUUGUAUAAAGUAUAGUUUUAAAGAAUAUUGAAGCCGCCAGAAUUUGAGAUUAAACCAAAAAUAAUGGUUUAAUCCAAUUAGAUGUGUAAUUUUAUUGUUCUUAUGAGCUUUUCUGAUUUUUUAUCUGAUUAUUUAUUUUUAAUAAUUCCCUUAUUUUUGGUUCUAAUUCUAGUCAUGAGUGAUUUUUAUAGCAACUUAGUUAUUUGUGUAGUCCUAUCGGAGUCAAGUAUGUAAUCUAUCGUUCUGUUUUAUUAAGAACCCAUGAUUUAUUUUGAAUCUCCUCCACAUCUUAUCUCCUUCACAUCUUAACAGUUUUCACGUUUGGCUUUGUUCAUUGCAUGCCCAUAUAUGAGAAUUCCAUUACCAAACAUUGAAUUAACAUUUCAAACGCACCAUUUCAGUCUGCUAAUGAAUUUCUCACAUUAUUCCACUUGGUUUUCCACUUGUUCUUCCUUGAUAUCUCGUAAAUAUAAUUUAUAAAUAUAUUGUGGCCCAAAAUUGAAAAUAUUUAAGAAUACCGAGUCUUAAAAAAUAUUAUGGUAGUCCUAUAAUAAAUUUUCUGUUCUGGUUUCUUAAAAAUUCGUCUGUCUUGGUUUGGCACGUGUUUAGCUCUUCACCUGCCUACGCAAUGGCUGAGUCUACUCGCAGCACUGUGGCAUCGCCAUGCUGCAGUAUAUCACUAUGCAUGUCAGUCUGCUAAGUAUCUUAAGGUAUUACGGAUUUGUCAGAAUGAAAACCUUAUGGGUGGGAUGGCUUGAUAAUCACAUUAUGGCGAGUAUGAUAAAGCAACAAAUUCUUAGUGGUGCUUCGCAAAUCGUCGAUUCCAUGAUACCCACCCACCAUUUAUGUGGCAUGGUAUUACCUAAUUUCAUACCACUCAUCGCAAACUAUAUUUUAUCUUCGGGCUGCAUUUCAGCUUUCCGCCAUCUGUUCAAUGACAGUUGCCCAGCCCCUAUUUGUCAUGAUACUUAAUUGAUCUUUUUUGUUCGUCUGAAUUUAAGUUCAAUCUUAUCCUACAUUAUUUUUUUUUCUGAAUCAUUGAAAUGUUUUAAGAAACCUUUGCACAAUUUAGGCUUACCCGAGGUAUUUGCUCAGUGGGUCGAUUUCACGAGACCUUUGAAAUAGAGUCUACUAUUUCUAGGAGGUGGGGUUGGUGGUGUGGGGGUAACUUGGAGGGCUAACUAUGUUGCGUGACAUACAGAUGAAUUGUCUCGGAAGGUGUUUAAAUAAUGUUUUAAGGACCACGCCCUCGCCUUUAGCAGGCCUUUUGCACUUUGAGGCGGGGGAGAUGUCAAAACAUAGUGGAGAGUUGAAAGAAACAUAAAUACUGCCAAAUAACAAUAGAAAAGAUGGAGGCUCCAGCAUGUACCGAUCCACUAACGAGACAGCAAUUAGGGUUAAUAUUACACCGUAUAAAGGGCUAGCCAAGCAGAAUAGUAGUUAUGCUAUUUCCUUCAAAGAAGAAAAUAAUAUGGAAAUUUGCCGAAAGUACUAGUUGAGUUGUUUGAAGUUAUUUUGUACUGUUGAAGAUUGUAUUUUGGUAAAUUGAAUUGGCAACGGAGGUCUUAACGUCAGCUAUUACGCAAAUUUACGCACCCUUGCUCAAUAAAAAGAACCAUUUAAGCUAUCAAAUCGUUAGACUCGAUAAAAAAGAAGUAAAAUUUACAAUAUUCUAUCGAAGAGCGUGAUAAAAAUUUGCAUUUUAACUGUUGGUUUUAAAAAACAAGUUGUCUAGCUUAUUUACUCGCAUACGAUUAAGGUUCCAGCGUAAAAAAUUCAUCUUUCAGAGCUUUUCUUUUAUGGAUAUAUUAUUCAUGCCAGAGAAUAUGUUUUGCUGCCUUUUAGGCUCCUGCGCAACCGGUGUGCUUUGCGACAAUAAUUGGGAAACUGGCGAAAUAUCGCGCUGCAUGAAAAUACAAAAAAAAAUUGGACAGAGAACAAUGAAAAUAAUAACUGCAUUAUACACACCCUACGUUGUCUUGUGGUGCUACAUUGUCUUCUGUGUAAAGUUUUUUUACUUAUCCCGUAAUAAUUUUAGAGCAAAUUAAGAAAAAUACACCCUUGGAAUUGAGGGAAAUUUACGACGCCCGUGCCAGCAAAUAUGGAAGUCAACUGGCUCUUAUGUUAACUGGCUCUUAUGAUGAACUGAAAAUAGUGUUUAAGGCAGUCAAAAUAAUCGGACUUUACUAUUACGACAUUUAAUACAAUAUCAUACACAAUAUCAGCAUCUUAUUAUCUUUUUUAAGUUGGUGUCAUAAUUCUGAACCAGCAUUUUCGCACAGUUAUUUUCAAGCUGUAAGGUGACAAAAUGUUUCCACGGUGUUCGGAGACUUCAAGAUAUUGCCUUCAUCGAACAAUAUUGAACAGACGGCUGUUAUUACUCUCCACUUAAAAGUGAAUCAGUAUACCUUACGUGUGAAGUGCGUAGUCUGAUCUGUAUCAUUCAAUGUCCUAUUUGUCAUUAUUUCCCUUCGCUGACAAGACAAAAAGAAAAAAAUAGUAUCAUUUUUACCAAACUGAUCGUCAAGGGUGAUUUUUCAUUAGGUUGACGUUCCUUUCAAUCAUUUCAUGUGGGCAGGUGAUAUAAUAUUGAUCAGCUUUUUUGAGUAAGGGAAACCUGUCCACGUUUAAACGCUAUCUUGUUUGUUAACGUUGUUGCUGUUAGUUAACGAUGUUAAGGUGGUAGUUAAGAUGAUGAUGGAGUUUGUGCCCAAAUCUCCUUGCCAGUAAAAAAGGGUAGGCCUUUUUAGUAUGAGAGAUUGAAACGACCUCUGUUGGGUAGCCAUGAUCCAUUUUAUUUUUUUAUUCUUGUGAGCUAUAGUUUUUUAGAUAAAUUUUUCAUGUUUUGAGGCCAGGGAAAUUCCAUUAUGUUGACCAGAAAAAGUUUCUUUCUUGUAAAAAACGGUUCUCUGAAAUCCACCUCAUUUUUAAACAUAAACGCCACGACAGAUCCAGGAGAUCUUUUGCUUCUUUUCAAUAGUAAAGUUGGGAGCAGGAUGUAACAAACUUAGUUUUUUGUCAUAUUUCUGCUCUAAUUUGAAAAUUACAACAGUAUCGUCAACAUAUCGGAAAUAAGCCGUUGGUUUUUUAGAUUCGGUCAAAAAAUCUGUUUUCGUAAAACCUAGCAAAAAUCUGUUUUUGUAAAAUCCAGCUAAUGCAUAAAGUUUCAUAAAACUGCAUUCAAAUCCAAACACGGUAUUUUUGAUAGAAUGUCUAAUACCUUUAAUGUAAAAUUCGAUUUUUUCGAACUCUAUGUCCGAUUUUCUUCCAGGAGAUUGUUAAAAAUGCCUCAUGGAGGUUCUUCUCAAUUUGAAGCUUUAUGCCAAUUAUCAAAUUUUC